GAGCAGCAAAGUAACACCCUCUUCUUCACCCCUCCUUUCCUUUUGUCCCAAUCGUCCUUCUCCAUGUCUGUCUCUCCCAGGCUGUCAGUGUGGAGGAUUGCUGCAGGCUGCAAGACAACUGUGAGAAGUUCCUGGGGGUGCUGAGAAGCAGAGUGGGAGUAGCUGACACAGAAGAAGAGGACUCAAUCCCUUUCACGUAAAGGAUUUUAAAAAAAAGCGCACCUCCUUGUGCAGGAGGCAGCACUUCUGGUAUUGGAAGGACGUCGGAGCUGGCAGGAUGGUUGUUGCGGUGUGGCUGCCUGCGGAGUGGGCCUGGCAGGCUGUUCUUCUGGUGGCUGGACUUGCAUCUCCGAGCUGUAGUUCUGAUGCCAACCUGCUGGACGCCAUGUUACUGGGGAGCGGAUGGAAGGGGGGGUCGAACCGGCCGGUGGAGGACAGCAGCGACACAGCCCCAGUUUUACCUGAGAACUUGCUGCGGUGCCACUGCUCCCCUCGGUGCCCUGAUGGAUCUGUCAACAACACCUGCACGACCAAUGGUUUCUGCUUCACCAUGAUUAAGGAUGUGGAGAGGGGUCAUGCUGCACGCAGCGCAGGUUGUUUGUUACACUCUAGCUUUCCGUGCACAGAUACACAGAAUGCACGCUCCCGGCGAGCUAUCGAGUGUUGCAAGGAUCAUGACUACUGCAACAGAAACCUAAGUCCAAUGCUUCCUCCGCUCGUCACAUCAGAAUAUGUGGACAGCAGCAUCCAGUACAUAGCGCCCUUCAUUUCAGUGACGGUUUGCAGCAUCUUCUGCGUGAUUCUUGUCUUCUGCUACUUCAGAUAUAAGCAACAGAGAUCCCGGCCGCCCUACAGUAUCGAUCUCGAGCAGGAUGAGACGUACAUUCCUCCUGGGGAGACUCUCAGGGAUCUGAUAGAGCACUCCCGCAGCGCAGGCUCCGGGUCUGGAUCAGGACUCCCUCUGCUGGUUCAGCGAACCAUCGCCAAGCAGAUUCGGAUGGUUAAACAAAUCGGAAAAGGCCGAUACGGAGAAGUCUGGAUGGGCAAAUGGAGAGGGGAGAGAGUGGCUGUGAAAGUUUUCUUCACAACCGAGGAGGAGAGCUGGUUCAGAGAAACAGAAAUGUAUCAGACCUUCCUGAUGAGGCAUGACAACAUACUGGGAUUCAUCGCAGCCGACAUUAAAGGAACCGGCUCCUGGACUCAGCUCUACCUGAUUACAGACUACCAUGAGAACGGAUCCCUGUACGACUACCUGAAGUCCAACACCUUAGAUGUCAGCGGUUUGCUGAAGCUGGCUUAUUCCUCCAUCUCAGGCCUCUGCCACCUGCACACAGAGAUCUACGGCACACAGGGCAAACCUGCCAUAGCGCACCGAGACCUAAAGAGCAAAAACAUCCUGGUGAAAAAGAAUGGUUUCUGCUGUAUAGCCGACCUGGGGCUUGCUGUCAAGUUUAACAGUGACACCAAUGAGGUAGACAUACCUCCUAACCUACGAGUUGGAACCAAACGCUACAUGCCACCUGAAGUGCUGGACGAGACCCUGAAUAGAACCACCUUCCAGUCCUUCAUCAUGGCCGACAUGUACAGUUUUGGCCUCAUUCUUUGGGAGAUGGCGCGGCGUUGCACCUCUGGAGGUGUUGUUGAAGAGUAUCAGCUUCCAUACCAUGACCUUGUGUCCACCGACCCUUCGUAUGAAGACAUGAGGGAAGUGGUCUGCAUUAAGAAGGAAAGACCUUUGAUUGCAAAUCACUGGAGCAGCGAUGAGUGUCUACGGCAGAUGGGGAAACUGAUGUCGGAGUGCUGGGCUCACAACCCGGCCAGUCGCCUCACAGCCCUCCGGUUGAAGAAGACCCUGGCGAGGUUGUUAGAGACCCAAGACAUCAAAAUGUGACAGAGUCAAGAGAGAGCAUCUCUCUUCUCACCUACAAGACUAGUCACUGCCAUUGGCCUCUUAAGCUGACCAAAGGAAGAAAGGGAAAACAAGAGACUAUGAAUGUUCGGACGAAGCACAUUGGCGGAGAGGAGGAGAGCUAAAGGCCACUUUGGAGCCAGGAGGAAUGUCAAGAAAAAGAUUUAGCAGAAGUUUGUACUCAAACUACGAGGUCAGGUUGUGCUUUGUGUUAAAGCGGAGUGUUUACCUGGUGGAAGACUAUCCAUGCGGGGAGCGUCCCUGCAAGAGGGAACAGAAACCCCUCUGAGCAGGAUCCAAGGAGGAAGCCGCAUUGACGCCUUUCCUGAAGCCAUACAGCAGUAUUCUCAGCAGUUUUUUGUGCUGUCAACUGCCUUAGAGUGAUUUAUAUUCGCAGGAUUUUUGUGAAACUCAUUGUAUGAAGAGUUCACAUUCGACAUAAACACAGUUUUAUCCAAAUAGUUCUAAGAAAAGUGGCCUCAUAAUGAAAUAUUAUUAUGAUUAUUAGAGAAAGUCUACAAUAAUAUUUCUUCCAGAAUCAAUGAUAUCAAAAUUAAAUCAAGAACUUAUGAGGUUUCUGAGUUGGGUACUUUGGUCUCCAUUUUCCCUUUGAAAUCAUGGGUAGCAGUACAAAAUGCAUCCCAUACCUUCCCACAACAUGGAAGUUUCUUUCCAGCUAAUACUCCAGAGAACUCAAGCCCCUCAGGCUCACCCGCCCAAGGACGACACACCCCAGAAACCAAGAGCCCCAGACCCACUCAGGAGCAGUGUAAAUAUUACUUAAUAUUUAAUACUCCCUUACUGUAGUUGUAAAGCUAGAGGUUUUUGUAAAGAGCAGUUAAUUGGCAUUGCUGUAAAUUUUUACCAAUUUAUAGAGCAAUCUCAGACUUUUGAGAGAGAUUCUAGUAAUAUAAUUACUUGAGAGAGAGAGAGGCAUUUGAGUGCUGUAACACAUCACAUGCAUAAAGACUAAUUUUAUGCUCUAUAUUCAUGCAUUUUAUAUCUUUUAAUAAAAUGUGUUUGUCUAAUUGUUGCUGCCAGUGUUUCAAUACAAAUAUCAAACAGUAAGGGGGAAAGUGGGAAUCAAUGCCUGGUGUCCCUCUGGAGACAAAAGCUAUGUUUGGUUAUUUGUCCUGACACAUGCUGUUUUUUUAACCAGUUUAUAAAAAAGUUCCAAAACCAAACUUAUGUGGAGUAGCAAAUAAAGAUUUCUAGUUAACACUAUCAAACGCUAUUGCCUUUAGAUUUUAUAAAUCUAAAGGCAAUAUGUUGGAUUUAUUGUUUUUACUACAGGAAUAAUCUAUUAAAUUAAGUAAUCUGUUUACAUUUGGGGAUGACAGCCUUCCUUUUAUGAAACCAGUUUGAUCAGGGUGUAUUAUGGGAGGACUAUCUAAUCAUUUUGCCAGAGCUUCACAGAUUACUUUAUUAUCAAUGUUAAUAAGGGGAUAUGGGACAAUGGCUGGUAGGAAACACAGGAUAUUUGCCUUGCUAAAGAAGGAGACUAAUAUUAGCAAUAUUCAUAUUAGCCGGGAAUCUGCCAAUUUCCGGAGUUUCCUGCAACAUUUAGUGGAAUGUUGGCACCAGAAUAUUCCAGAAUUCUUUAUAAAUAUAUUGAUGUCAUUAUCUGAUGGGUUUAUAUGGGUUAAUGUGUAUAAGAAUGUGUAGAGUGUAGAAUGUGUUGUUUAUACUUUCAGGAUCAUAUAAUGUAUUCCCAGUUGAAUCUGUAACUGCGAAGCUUCCAGAGUUAUUGUCAUGUUCAAAGUUUUCUAUUUGAAGUAUUUGUAUUAAAAAUGUAUUUUGCUCUUCAACAUAUCAUUUUAAUUCUAAUUUUGCUAAAAGUAUUUUGCCCAGCUUUCCUUCUUCCUAUGAGGUUUCUAAUAACUUAUUUUUUUUAAAUCUAAUUCCUGAACCUUUUUGUUCUCUAUCUUUUUGUUAUGAGAUAAGAAUGAAAUUAUUUUACCUCUCAUCACUGCUUUCCCUACUUGUCCCAGAGAGUAGAUCCUGAUGUCCUUGGUAAAUCAUAAUCACUCAUGUAUUGUCUGACUGCAUUUAUUGAUUGCUAACUGCGCUGAGUCCCUGUUGUAUUCAACCUGUUUAUUUCCUCAUUUAGAUCAAAGUUGAGGUUGCCACCAAUAAAUAGAGAGCAAUUCAGGUGUCUUAAUAGUGAAUGGAAAAGUUUGUGAAAGAAUGAGAGGUGAUCAACCUUUGGGCCAUAUGUACUGAUAAUACAUAGCUUUUAGUUAUGAAUAGAUAUUUUUAUCAUUAUGAAUCUACCUUCAGGAUCCAUAAUUUUGUCUUAUACUGUAAAACUAACGUUUUGUGGAUUAAAAUUGUUACUCCUCUUUGUCUAGAGUUAUAGCAGACAGAAAACACAUUAUGGAACUUAGAUGAG